GCGCACCUCUUAUUUCCUGUCAUGUUUUUUUUGUCUUUUCACGCGUUACAACAUUUCGAGUCUCAGUUUGUUUGCCGGUGUUUUCUUUGCACUGGUACUGAGUGGUGGUUUCUCACACGCUUCCUCUCUGUGCGCUGUGCGCAUCUGCGCCGCGUUACACACACACACAAACACACACACACACACAUCUCUGUCUUCCAGGCGGGUGCUCAUGCUGAUUGGGCCACUCCCUCCCCUGUCCUGUCCUGUCGUGUCCUCGAGCUGCCGGUGUCCAGCCUCCGCACCAUCGAGGUACCGCUGUAAGUACCACUUAAUUUUCGAUAGAAAGAGUCUUGUAUCCAGUGAAGACUCAGAAAGAGACAGGGAGAAAGAAACAGAAGCUGUUGAGAAAGAAAUGGCUUAUAGACCAAUUUGUCUGUGGAGUUUCUUUGUGCUACUUCUGCACCCUGUGACUUGUGAUGUGUACUACAUGCAAGAGGGAAAGGACAUCACAAUAGCAUGUAUGAUGAAGCAGAAAGAGAAAGUGAUUAAAUGGAUGUAUAACUCCAAAGACAUAUUUGUUUUUCAGAAGUCUGGACCUCCUCGUCAAGGUUCUGCAGAAAUGACUUCAAGAUCACAACCGGGUCCUUCUAGUAGUCUAAAAAUUAAAAAUCUACAGAGAUUAGAUACUGGAAAAUAUGAAUGUCACUCCUCUGGCGGCAAAACAGAGCACCAGCUUUAUGUGGUAACAGUCUCAACCAGUCCUGCUGGUCCACUCCUGCACUCAUCCAAAGCAACGCUGAACUGCGGUGUUGAAGGCAGAAGCCCAACCAAAAGAAUUUGGAAGAGGCCCAAUGGAAUUAACGUGGACACCGAGAACGGCAUUGCUAGCUUAUCAUAUGUGACUCUCAACGAUUCAGGGACAUGGUUAUGUCUGAUUGAGGACAAUGGAAAGGAGUAUAAGCAAGAACUUAAGAUUAACGUACUGGGUCUCAACGGGAAUAUUAGCCUGUCUGUCGAAGAAGGGGUAUCGGUGACUCUCCCAUGCAUUCUGUCCUCCAGCCUCUCAUACCCUGCUUUCAACAGAUUUCAACUGGAUCGCAUUAAAUGGCAGGACCAUAAAGGCAACAUAUUACUAUCUACAAAGGAUAAAGUGCCAAAAAACAAUGAGAUGUUGUGGGGCAAAAUCCCCAAAAAUGUGGAUCUCACAAGGGAGAAGCUGGACACAAAUUUUUCUGUGGUACUGAAAAAUGUGAAAGUGGACCAAAGUGGUAACUACACUUGUUCAGUGGUCUUCAGCGAUUCCUCAUCCCUGGAAGUCAAGGUGAACUUGGAGGUCAACAAGCAGAUUGCGGGGAAUGUAGUUCAUCCUGCACCUCAUGAGAACCAAUCUACCACGACGCCAGUGCUAGAACAGAACUUGUGGCUAUGGAUUGCAGUUGGAGUGGGUUGCGCUAUUUUGAUCAGUCUUAUCAUUGUUGCCGUUCUCCUGCAUCAGCGAAAAAAGAGGAUCAAGAGGAGAAUGAGGAAGAUGAAGUCUCUGGAGCAGCGCAUGGUAGCCAGAGACUAUUGCGUGUGCAACCGUGCGGGGGACCAUCCAAACGGAAAUCGAAGGGAGAGGACAUCACAGGAAAAAGGCCGCAGAAGUGAGGAGAGGAGGAUCGCACAGUCCUGAAAUGGAGAUGCGAUGGAGCCUCGGAAAAGAGGUCAUAACUCAGAAUGUGACAGGGAAUGAGCACCUCCAGUUAAUAUUAUUUUACUUUAGCACUUCUUAAAGUAAUAUACAGUACUAUACUUGUUUGUUUCUGGCAAAAUGAGCUAUGGCUUCAAAACUUUUUUGAGAAUUUCUGUAUUUUGGUAAGGUUUCACGAUUUCCAUCUAAUUUUUAUGCUAAUGUAUUAGGAAUUACCGUAUUGUGUUUUGGCAACAAAGUGCAUCUAUGUUAACUGUGUUUACUGUUAUAAUAGCUUUCAAAAAAUAAAACUCUGAAUA